GAGAGAACCCAGGAGUCCUAGCUCCCAUCCUGGGCAUUAGCCACAAACCCACCCUGCCUUUGAAGGGAAGAUCCCAGCGGAGAGCUGCAGCCUGGGGCCCCUUUCCCACCCUCCCCCCCAGCCCACUGUGCUGUGGGAUGGGCCGGGAAGCCCCCACCUCAGCUUGGGUCUCGGAUGCAGUUGAACUGGGAUAUGGGUGUCCAGACCUCCCCUGCCGUGCAGUGUUGCUGCGCAUUAGCGAGCCGCGGUGGUGCAGUUCCCCAGUACGAACCCAGCCCCCGGGGGAGUGGCGGGGGUCGGUAGCAGCCCGUUUACCCGGCAGAGGAAGGACCUGGGCUGAGCUAGUGUCACGGCCCGAUGUGGGUGGGGGCUCCCCCGCCACGUGGCCUCUCUCCUCAGGCACCUCAAGCUGAACACGAUCCCGGAGAGCCUGGCCUUUGGGGACGAGCGCGGGGACCUGCUGCUGGGCGUGGAGCAGCACCUGCACCGCAUACACCACAGCAAGUACCUGCCCAGGCCGUAUCUCACCAAGCUGCUGUGCAUGAGCCUCCCAGACCCUGUGCAGGACUCUCCUUUCCCCCUCAGCGACAGCUCCCUGCGGCCCCUCAACAAGGACGCCAGACAACGGCUGCUCCUGGAGCCUCGUUCCCUCGCUGUCAAGCUGUGCGUGCCGCUGCUCCGCUGGAAGCCCAAGAAGGACGAGGACUUGUCUUGGGCGCGCCAGGAGAAGGAGGAGGCCUGUGCCCAGCUGGCGGCGAGGGACCAGGAUCUGCUCCUCCUUCAGCAGGGGAAGCUCUCCGCCGCCAGGAAGCCCAAGCUGAACAAGAAGCUGAGGGACGAGGCCUUUGAACGUUACAUGCAUCUCGUCUACAGGCAGCCGCGGAGGAUCCAGAUCCCCCACAACGAUUCCUUUGAUGCAGAUAUGGUUCUGGAGGCUUGUCUCCUUAGCCCACUGGUACCGAAACUCUACGGCCCGACUGCGUCUCGCAUGUUCCUAGGGGCCUUCCUUGAUGGUGCCGAGGAGAAUGCGGAACGGCCGAUGCUCAAGGCUCCCGCGGCAGAUGGGGUUUGCCGAGAGGACGCCCUGGAGCCUCGUGCAGGCCGGGGCUCACGUUUAGCGCUUCCAACCCCCAGUGCCUCCAAAGGGCUGGAAGACUCCCUGCGCCGCUCCUCGCUGGCAAGGAUCCGGAGUCAGAUAUCCCAGGCUCGCCAGGAGGCCGCGGCAGCCAGUGAGAGCCAGCACACCGGCAGUCGCAGCCGGUCGUCUUCACUGCAGAUCACCAGAGUCAACGGCCAUGGCCCCUCCACGUCUCAGGAGUCGUCCCAUCUCCACGUCCGCAGGCUGUCAUCCGGCUUCCUGCCCAAUUCGGUGGUGGUGCAGCAGUUCCGGAGCCAGGAUGACAUCGAGUCUGCAAGGGAAUCGCUGUUGGCCAUGUGGCUGGAAGUGCAACAGGAUCAGGCCGGGAGGGCAGGCCCCGAGCGCGGCGAGGAGCUGCUUGGUACCGAAGAGGAAGAGGACGAGGCGGCCAGGACAGCGGCGAUUCUAGAGAAAAUAUCCAGCAUUUCCCUGCCUGUCCCCAAGUGGAAGGAGAGCGUGACGAGUUUUUUCCUGACACAGCCUGAUGAGUUUGAGCAGCCCCAGGCCUCUCCCUCCGGAGGCGAGAUCCCAUCCUUCGUCCUCCAGUUCGAGGACACAGAAUGGUUCAGGCAGAUCUACCCCGUCCUCAGCUCAAUGGAUUCCCUGCAGGGACUGAGUGUGAGCAGGUUUGUGCGCCGGCUCCUGGAGGCGCUGCUCACCGUGGACGAUGGUGCGAAGACGGACAUAGUCCAAGCCAUCCUAACGCUGCACGAGCAGCUCGGGGUGGAGAACGGCCGUGAGGUCUGCAAGGCCCUGCUCCUCAUCCUGAACCAGAGCGACCCACCCCGUCUGGAGGAAAAGACUCAGAAAAAGUUUGUCCUGACCUCCCUGAAUGCCCUCAUGGCCUUCUGCCGAGACAGUAAGGAGCUGCUGCUGGAGCUUAUGGCAUACUUCCUGCACAGUCCCGUCUCCAGCAGGGGGUCCAUUAAGGCUCUUUUCGUAGAGCUGGGCCUGGAGGAUCCGCACAACUAUUUCUACCAGGAGAUGGACUCUUGGGAUCUUUCCAGGGAGAAGCCUGUCACCAAGGCAGCGCUGAGGAGAAUCUGCGCACAGUGGCUUGAAGGAGUGAUGCAGGAUUUCCAGGAUCACAAGAGCAGCACGUUGGAGCCGUUCCAGGCACGGGCGGGGAAAAGGCACUUCCCUGGGAGCAGCCCAAAGGCUAAGAAAGCUGCAGGGAGGAGCAGGGUUUCUCCCUCUGCUGGCAGCCCAGAGCCGUCAGUGGGGCCAAUAAACGCAAUAAACCAUUUCUGUAAAGUGCAAAUGAAGAGGGAUUUGGAGGAUCUGAAACAGCCAAAACCCGCCGGAGCACAGGAAACCAAGAACACAGUGAUGGCCUUGCCUUCCACUGGGAGGAGCCAGGCCAUCUUGCGGCUAGGAGAGACCAACACUAUGGCGCGAAGGAGACCAUCCCAACGUUUCUACCUUCCGCGCAUUUUUCCACUCCCUUUGUUGACGGGAUUUGUACAUGCUAUUAAAUUGCCAGUGCCAAGAAUCAACGUGAACCCAUUUCCACCUGAUUCUGACAUGCCAGCAUCACCAAAUACAUUCAUCUCCAUGCAGCAGAAAGUCCAGAAAUAUUUCAUCCCAAAGUUCUCACUUGCAGAUAGCUAUCCCUAAAGGCAUGGCUAGCCAAGAUGGCUCUGCAUUGACCAGACUCCCAGACUUGAUCAUUAGCAGAGGCCAUUGAACGAGAAUGAUAAUGGGCUCUUCUAGGUCUGGCUAUAAGGAAACUAAAUAA